CCUGAGGUGGGGGCAUGGCUUUCACACUCCCGGGACCCACCACACUGGUGAAUAUAAGGUUGCACUGCAGACGGCAGCAAACGUCCAUGAGUCCUGCACCAUCGCUGAGCAUGGCACAGAGAAACCUGACCUCCGUUGUAACAGAGUUUGUCAUCAUUGGUUUUCCUGGGAUGGAUUCAAAAUAUUACAGUUUAAUGGCCACUGGCUUUUUCAUCAUCUAUGUAACGGCAGUGGCAGAAAAUUGCCUCCUUGUGGUGCUCUUUGUGCUACAGCCCAGCCUCCAGAAGCCCAUGUACAUCAUCAUGGUGAGCCUCGCCCUCUCCGACAUUGGCUUCUGCACUGUGGCACUGCCAAAGGUCAUAGCCAGGUACUGGUUUGACGAUGGAACCAUCUCGUUCCACGUCUGCCUGUUUCAGAAGCAGAUGGUACAUUACUUUGGAACCCUAACCUCUCUCAUCAUGCUGAUUAUGGCACUGGACCGCUACACUGCUAUCUGCUUCCCACUCAGGUACCCUGCACUAAUGACAAAAAGAGUGAUGGGCUUCCUCAAUGGGUUUGCCUGGGUGAUGGCCUUGAUCUGCCCAGGUGUCACCACCAUCCAGUCCUCCCAGAUGUACUUCUGUGGAUCGAACCAGAUCCUACACUGCUUCUGCGACACUGUGACAAUAAACAGGCUCGCAUGUGGUGACAUCAGCAAGCAAUCCACAGUCGCAUUAGCCCUGUCAUCAUUUGUGUUAAUGGUGCCCUUCUCUCUCAUCAUGUUGUCCUAUGCCCUCAUCAUCAUCGCCGUCCUCCGCAUCGCUAGCAUGCAGGGUCGGCUGAAGGCCAUCUCCACCUGUUCCACCCAGUUCUUCGUCAUCGGCACAUAUUACAUUCCUCGCUUAUUCGUCUACAUGUCAACAAUAAACACAGACGCUCGUAUCGGGCUGGUACUAAUUUACAGCCUUCUGCCCCCCUUGGUUAACCCCCUAAUUUACUGCUUCAGGACAACAGAGAUUAAAAAUAUUUUGCUAAAACUCUUUUGUCAAAGGCACGCAGUCAGUCAGGAGAUUACAGUUUCAGCUGUUUCCAGCUGAGAUAAGGCAGAAAGGUGAUCUGCAUUUACUGUGAAACUGUGAAAAGUAGUGCAUCAGUUUCUGAACACAAUUAUAUAAAUAUGCUAAUAUGCUUGUUUUGUGAAUUUCAGAAUUUGAACAUUUCAAAUUUUAUAGAUCAGGGGAAAUUAAUCUCUCUCUGACCUUUACCCUAUGUAACAACUGAUACAGUCUAUUACUUUUGCUGACAGUUUAAAUAUAUGUCUGUCUUUUGUCUUUGUCUUCUUUGGAAGCAUCCAUUACACUUCCAAAUACAGUGUGGCUAAAUCUGUAAAGAAAAAUCUGUUAUACUUACAAUAACUGGCCUCUGUAGUGCAGAGGUAUUAUCUAUACUACAGGCUGAAAACGACGCAUCUGCUCAUUUGGUUUUCACCUUGUGUGUGAAGUGUGCAUUUCAUGGAAACUUGUUUCAUUCGGUAAUUGAACAUUAAACCAUUAAAUAUUUCACAAACACGUAAAUAGUACAAGCUUAUAACUUUCCUGACCACCACCUCUCCCCACUGUCUCCUUCUGGGUUAC